UGCUAGAUAUGUUUUUUUUUUUAAUGGGAAUUCGAAACUAACAAUAUCAUAAGGAGCACUGUAAAAUUUUCAGCAAGAAAAAAACAGACACGGCAAAAUUAACUAGAAACCUCCCAAAACCGAAUUGGUCUUUAAACAAAACACGAAAAGGACACUAACCAAAACAUAAAUUCAAUUACCGUAAAUGGUAAGCAAAAGUAUUGAAGAUUGAAAUCAACAGUAGGAUUUCUGGCACCACGACCACCAAAUUUCUUAGGCUCACAGCGCCUAGGAUCAGCAACAAGGAGAGUCCUAAAACGCAACAAGAGCUUUGGCAAUCGACUGACGGAUAGCGUAGAUCUGACAAGUGUGACCACCUCCCUUCACACGGAUGCGCAUAUCGACUCCGGCGAAGCGGUGACGUCCUAAAAGAAGGAUUGGUUCAAAUGCCUUGUACCGGAGGAUCUCCGGCUGGACAAGCUCGAUUGGGACACCGUUGAUCUUGAUCAAACCACGUCCACGUUUUGCAGUGGGUGACCGCCACUGCUGUCUUCUUCCUCCCGAAGCAUUGGACGGAUUCCACCGUAGCUGCGGCUGCUUCUUGCUUCUGUAUUUUUGCUGAUUGUCAGAGCGAAAAUGGGAGAGUUGCUAGAUAUGUUAAUGUCCUUGUUUUGGCAGCAUGAUUUUAGUUUUUGCAGUCCCAUCAAAUUCCCCUUUGUGUAAAAUAAUUUCUAGUAUCAAAAUAUUACACUUAGUAUCACUAUCCUCUUCCCUAAAUUCCUCUCUUUUUUCCCCUGCAAUCCAACAGUUAAAAAUGCUGGCUUCUAAAGGAGCACUUGUCCCAGAUUCUAGAGUGAUGAGGACCUUAUUCUCCCCCUGCAAUAUUUCACAUAUAUCAGUUGCUAGCUUUGGACGGAAAAGCUCGUUAAAAGCCUACAGUGCAAAAAUGGAGCUCUCAAUCACACGACCUGAUGAUUGGCAUCUUCAUCUCCGUGAUGGUGACGUUCUUAAGACAGUUGUUUCUCACAGUGCACAUCACUUUGGGAGGGCAAUAGUCAUGCCAAAUUUGAAGCCUCCUAUCACUACCACUGCUGCUGCUGUAGCAUACCGGGAGGCAAUAUUGAAAUCUCUGCCUGCUGAUAGUGAUUUCAAUCCUCUCAUGACACUUUAUUUGACAGAUACAACCAGUCCUAUGGAAAUCAAACUAGCAAGAGAGAGCCAGGUCGUAUUUGGGGUGAAGUUGUACCCUGCUGGUGCCACGACAAAUUCUCAAGAUGGAGUGAUUGAUCUCUUCGGAAAGUGUUUACCAGUUUUACAAGAACUGGUUGAACAUGAUAUGCCUCUACUGGUUCAUGGAGAGGUUACAAAUCCCGAGGUUGACAUGUUUGAUCGAGAAAAGGUAUUCAUUGAAACGGUUCUAAGCCCUUUGGUGCAGAAAUUUCCACGAUUGAAGGUUGUGAUGGAGCAUGUUACCACCAUGGAUGCUGUAAAGUUUGUUGAGUCUUGCACUGAAGGAUUUGUUGCAGCGACUGUCACCCCACAACAUCUUGUUUUGAACAGAAAUUCUCUCUUCCAAGGGGGCUUGCAACCGCAUAAUUACUGCCUUCCGGUGCUUAAAAGAGAGAUCCACAGGGAGGCACUUGUGUCAGCUGUAACAAGUGGAAGUAGAAGAUUUUUUCUUGGGACUGACAGUGCUCCUCAUGAUAGACGAAGAAAAGAAUGUUCUUGUGGAUGUGCUGGUAUUUAUAAUGCUCCUGUAGCCUUGUCAGUAUAUGCAAAGGUGUUUGAAAAGGAAAAUGCACUCGACAAGCUCGAAGCAUUUACUAGCUUCAAUGGACCAGACUUUUAUGGGCUUCCUAGGAACAAUUCAAAGAUUAAGCUGAGCAAGACACCAUGGAAGGUACCCGAAUCCUUUUCUUAUGCAUCCGGAGAUAUUGUUCCCAUGUUUGCUGGUGAAAUGCUCGACUGGCUGCCGGGUCCUCUCUGAGAAAGAAAACAAGAGAUUCCCAUUCUCAUUUGUCUUUCUUCUUGUAUUGUAAUGUUGUUAUUUAUCAAAAGAUAUAGACUGUAAGAGUAUUCAUUUUCCCAUUCAUGUUGAUUAGAUAUUAUCGCGAUGAUAACCUUCGCUUUGAUACUAUCUUUUCAGCCAAAAAUUAUGGAAAUAAGAAUAAAGCUUCUGGAUGUGACUGCAUGUAAAGCUUUAACUCCUCCAUUGUUGGAUAUAUCAGCCAAUGGUUCGAAUUUUAAAAAUUAUGAUUAGGUAAA